AAAUCUAGGGAUGUGGUUUGAAAACGAAAAGAAGAAUAGGAUCCGGCCAGUUUCUUUGGUUCCUUUUGUUUUCCCAAAACCAAACUUUCUCUCUGUGUUUCAGUCUUUUUGUUAUUUGUUUGGCUCUCGCUUGGAUCCAGACAGAGAGAGUAACUGAUCUAAGAUAAAACAAGCAGUUAAUAUGGGUCUGUCAUUUGGAAAGCUCUUCAGUCGUCUCUUCGCCAAGAAAGAGAUGAGAAUAUUAAUGGUUGGUCUCGAUGCUGCUGGUAAAACCACCAUACUUUACAAGCUUAAGCUGGGCGAGAUCGUAACAACCAUCCCCACCAUUGGCUUCAAUGUAGAGACAGUGGAGUACAAGAACAUCAGCUUCACUGUUUGGGAUGUUGGAGGCCAAGAUAAGAUCAGACCUCUAUGGAGGCACUAUUUCCAGAACACACAAGGUCUCAUCUUCGUUGUCGACAGCAACGACAGGGACCGUGUAGUUGAGGCAAGGGAUGAACUCCACAGGAUGCUAAAUGAGGAUGAGUUGAGAGAUGCUGUGCUACUUGUUUUCGCAAACAAACAGGAUCUGCCAAAUGCAAUGAAUGCUGCUGAAAUUACUGAUAAACUUGGUCUACAUUCCUUACGUCAGAGACACUGGUACAUCCAGAGCACUUGCGCUACAUCUGGUGAGGGAUUGUACGAAGGGCUGGAUUGGCUAUCCAACAACAUUGCAAACAAGGCAUAAUCUUCAAUUUUCAUUCUGGAGAGAGAGAUGAAGAACUUAUUUUGCAGGCAUUUGAGUCAUACAGCCUGGAGGGGGUACUCUUUGGAUUUUCUAUUUUCUGUAUACUUUGUUUGGUUGUUACUGCAGAAGGAAUUUAUAGUUCCUUUCCUUCUCUUCAUUCUGUUAUUUGUUUUAUUUACCUUUGGCAUAUUGUUUCGAACUUUUUCACCUGUCUGGAGAUACUUUUACUGGAUAUUUAGAAGUGGAUUUCAUUUUUUUAACUGAUUGAUAUA